GCUGGAAGAUUCUGGUUACAACACUUUAAUUCCCCAUUGUGGGACAAAUCAAGAUUUAUCUUCAACAACACUAAAAACCAAACAAUAAGGUAUGACAGCUGCAACCGCACCUAUGACCCACUGUUUUGAGUCAUUACUUGGGAAAAAUGGGGAAGUAAGUGUUGAGGAAGUUUCCAUGUUGUAAAUUCAAAGCAUCAGUUCCAAUUUGGCUGUCAAGCUACAAACAUGAAGCAAAUGUUAGUCUUUGUUCUCCUUUUCACAUAUCUCUCUAGUGUGAAAAGCAUGGCUGAAGAAAAGGGGUGCUUAAAACAACCCCAAGAAAUUAUAUACAGGAAUAUGGAGCGAUCUGUUGACAUACCAUGCAUAGUUAGUAAUGAUUGUUUGGAUUUGGAGUACAAGUGGUUUGUAUUUAAAGAAAACAAUCAUUUUGAAUUAAACACUGAAAUGCCCAACUACAGUCUGAAUGGUGCGUCAUUAAAUAUCAAGUUCCUAAACUUGUCAGACAGUGGAGUCUACUAUUGUGCUGUGAUAUCUUCACACAAUCCAGCCACACAAUACAUUGCAGAAGGCACAACUGUUGUUGUAAAAGAGCCAUUUAAGAUAAAGAUGCGGCACAUACUUCUGUGGCUAUCUUGUAUAUUGUUGGCCAUUUAUAGCGUGGCUAUUGUUUCACUUAUCAUUGUGAAAAAGCGAGGCUGCCAUCAGAUCUGCAGAAAGAACACUUCAACUGAGACGACAGUGACUGAACCAGUUCAUUUUCAUGAUGUGUUGCAAGAGCUAUACAAGAGAAGAGGUUUGAAAAAUACACAGAUUGCAACAACAAAGACACUGCAUAAUCAGUAUGCAAGUGCAGAGUCAAACAGUACAAAUGAUGAUAUUUAUCAAAACGUUUAAGACGCACUCAUGGUUCACCAAACGAGUGAGCUGGUGGAAGGUUUCCAGAAGUGAGAGGUCCAUUACAAACCACGGAAAUGCCAAGCACAACUUGGCUUAUUAUGAAACUUUUACAAACUGUUUGGAAUGUAUUGAAAAUAGUUGUGAUGUGAUGUUAGGGUUGCACUGUAUAAAGAUAUGUUCACAUAAA